AUGGACGUGGAUUUCCUGGAUCGAAACUAUGCCCUGGCCUAUCCAGAAGAGCACGACUGCAUUCUGGAUCUACAAGGCGCCAAUGCAAAUUGUUGCAAGUUCAACCGAUGGGGCUCGUUGAUAGCGGUGGGAACGACGGACGGCCGAAUGUAUAUCGUGGAUUUUGUGACGAAGGGAAUUGUCAAGCAUUGGACGGCGCACGUACAGCCAAUCAUGGCGCUUUCUUGGUCGAGGGAUGGCCGGAAAUUGUUGACCGGCUCUGCCGACUCGACAGUCGUUGUCUGGGACGUGCUAACAACGAUUCCACUUCACAAAUACAAGUACUCAGCGAUAGUCGUUUCCGCGCUGUUCAAUCCCCGGAACGACAACCAGGUGGUGGUCCUUCCCUUGGGCAUGUUCCCACUCUCCGAAACGAUCGUUGAUGGCCGGCCACAACACUCUGUCGUUACCUGCGACAUCCCUGGCGCUGGAGACGAAGGCGUUACAGCAAUUGCCUUCGACCGACGCGGCAAAUACCUGAUCACCGGGACCAGCAAGGGCCGCCUCUGCAUCUACGACGCGAAAACGCUGAAGCUUGUCAACCACCUGCGCCAAAACAGCCAGCAGCAAAUCCGGAACAUCAUCAUCCCACGGCGCCACAAUCAACUGCUCACAAAUUCGUCGGAUCGUGUCAUUAGGUGCUUCGACCUCGACGAGUUGAUAACGAAGCCGAAGGGUGCGGUGGUGGACCAGGCGCAGAAGCUGUUGGACAUCGUUAAUAAGGCGGCCUGGAAAUCGGUGUGCGUCUCCUCGGAGGGGGACUACAUCUGCGGCGGCUCAAACAAGUCGCACUCGCUGCACAUCUGGGAGCGCAACUCCGGGUCGCUGGUCAAAAUCGUGCACGGCACGAAGGGCGAACUACUGCUCGACGUCCAAUGGCACCCAACGCGCCCAAUCAUUCUCUCCGUGGCCAACGGCAUCGUCAGCGUAUGGACCCAGGCCCACGUCGAAAAUUGGUCGGCGUUCGCCCCUGAAUUCACGGAACUGGAAGAAAAUGAAAAGUGGGACGCUUCGGUUUUGUGGCACAUAUUCCGCUUUCAGACACAAAGAAAAGAGAGCGAAUUCGAUCUCGACGACGAGGAUGCUGAUGAGGGGGAGAAUAAAGACAACCUGGAUAAAGCCGAGGAGGAGCUGGACGUGUGCGGGCUGAAAGCGGGCGACAUGCUCUGCUCCUCCGACGAAGAGGACGAUCCGGAUUUGCUGAUGCCAGAUCCGAGAGGCGAAAAGGGCCCGCUAUGGUUCAUCCCCGCUUGCCCGGACAUGGAAAAUAUGGACGCGCCGACAACACAGCCAGGAGACGUACUCCACAAGCCCGUUUCACAAUUUGACAACAUCACCUCUGACGAUUUGGAAUACCGGAAGCGGCCUGCCGCCGGCGCCGUCCCAGUCGCUUCUAAACCCAAGAAACCUAAAUUG